UCAAGUGAAUGCAUUAUGAUUAAUCAUGACCAUUUAGCAGAGAAUGAUUUCCCACAGCGUUGUUUAAUUUUUAUCCGUUUUGUCUCAUCAUCAUUACAGAUUCUGAUUCCAAGUACGAUUUGGCCAACAAUAAGCAUCAACCAACGCACCGAAUACUUUUAUCCGCGCUUCCGCUAUACACCACGCAUCCCCCUAGCAAACACAUACCGCCACCACCAGCCGCCAUGAAAACGUGGUCGUCGUAGGUAAUGGUUGCCCAUAACAGCUGCUGUUGGCUGCAGAAAACAACAAACCACCGCCCGGCUCGCGGGGGUUGCACAAUGUCGAACGGCUUCACCCUCGCCGCCGCAAGCACGAGCUUCAGUUUCAGCAGUUCGGCGUGGGAAGUCUUCAGCUUUUGAACUUGUGUCCCCGAAUGCUCCGUUUACCACCCAGUAAUCAACGACCCUCGAAGCGGCAACCAACCGAUCGAUGCAUGGGGCGCCGCCGGUUUGCGUGAGGGCGGAAUCAGUGCGUGAACGACUGAACAUUAGUUAGUAGAUCAGCCUACUACUGUCUUGGGGUGGAGAAGCCGGGUGCACUAAUCGAGGAGCUCUAGAAGCAGAAUGGCUGCCAGUGAGGUGGUGGUUCCGGCGAUUGCGCCACUGGUCGGCGGUGGUGGCGGUUCCGACGAGGGCAAAGAACUAAACGGAAUUGUGUUCGAGUCCUUCAGCCACACCGGAACGAUCCUCAAGGGCCUGAACGAGCUGCGCCUUAAAGGGGUGCUGGUGGACGUGACGCUGCGGACCGAUGGGAAACUGUUUCGGGCCCAUCGAGCCGUCCUAUCAGCAUGCAGCGAAUACUUCAGGGCCAUGUUCUCGGACCAUACACGCGAGUCUCGCCUUAGCGAAAUCAACCUACACAACAUUUCCCCUCUGGGGAUCGAACUUCUCCUAGACUACAUAUACACCAGUAAACUGGCCCUGAAUCUGGCAAACAUCCAAGAAGUGCUCUCAGCUGCCAGCUACAUCCAGCUGGAGUCAGUAGUGGAGGCCUGUCUCAACUACCUGGACCAGCAGCUGGACCUCGACAACUACAUCGACGUACUGAUCAUCUCGGAGAUGUACUCGCUAAAGCGGUUGAACCACAAGGUGUACCGCUUCAUCUGCCACCACUUGAAUGUGAUAUCCAAAUCUCCGGAGUUCUUUCGACUCAGCGAACGGCAGAUCGAACUGAUCCUGGCCGGGGACUACCCGGUGACCUGCACGGAGAUUGAGGUGCUGGGCAUCCUGCUGCGUUGGAUUCAAGUGAACUGCGACGAACCGGUUUCGACGGUGACGGCCGCGACCGCAGCCAACUAUCGCCAGUUGAUCCGGAAUAAUAUACGCUUCAUGGAUAUUUCUCUGCAGGAGCUAUACAAUCUGUUGUGCUCGGAGGAGUUCCAGUUUCGGUGGAUCGAUAGAUACGAACUGUACGACUUCAUCAUGAAGAUCGGCGAGCAGCAGUGCAUCAAGUACAAGAUAUCUCCGCUGAACAAGAUUCAAAACUACCGCGGACUGGAGCUCGCCAUAAUCAAAAUCGGCGGCUUCGAUCUGUCCGGCAUUACAAACGAGAUUACCUACUGCUUCCCGGGCGAAGGCGUCAACAGCUCUGGUCAGGCGUCAUCGUCCUCUUCGCAGACCACGUCCACCGGGAAAGUCAAACUAAGUAGACACCACUCGAAUCCGGAGAGUAGCUCCGAUUCGGCGACGAUACGUUUCGUCGACCGAACCAAACGGAAAGACGUGAAACUAAACGGCAAGUGGCGCUACCUGACGACGAUUCCGCACAUCAAGCAGAGCAACUUCGGGGUGGUAGUACUGAACAACCACCUGUACGUCAUCGGUGGCUGUUACGACAUUUCCCUGGAGGAGUACAUCCAUCCAUUUGGGUUCCGCUAUUGUCCGAUCAAGAACAAGUGGGAGACGAUCGCGCCGUUGCAACAGGAUCGAUGCCGGUUUUCGUUGAACGUGGUUGGACACAGUUUGAUUGCGGUUGGGGGUAACAGUGAGAUGGAUGACGACGGCGAUCGGUCGGUGUCAACUUGCGAGCAGUACGAUCCGGUGGCGGACAAGUGGACCUAUAUCGAAUCGCUGCCAGAGUAUCGGACGCAGCAUGCCGGGGCUGCUUUCGGGGCUACCUUGUACGUUUCCGGGGGUUUGGAUUUGUACGGCGCGGUUUUGAACAGUUUAUGGAGUUACUACAGCUUCAACGAGAAAUGGGAGAAGCUGCCGAAUAUGCUGCAUCCUCGAGCGGAUCAUGUCAUGUUUACGAUCAAUCGGAAGCUGUACGUCUGUGGCGGGUGGUACGAAAUCAAUGGACAGCGGGUCCUGGCCGAGAGUAUCGAUUGUUAUGAUCUGUUUAGCAAAAGUCCGGCAUGGCACCAGGUGACCAGGAUUCCAACGCCGAAGUACCAUGCCGGUAUUGUGGCGGUUCAGGAGAAGAUCUACAUAAUUGGUGGGUUCUGUUCGGACGACAUAUUCCGGCAUACGGCCGCCAGCGUUGAAUGCUACGAUGUAGUGGAAGAUCGGUGGUACAACCUCAAGAAAUAUCCCAAGAACAUCUGGGAGCACACGUGUGCAAAUCUCUACAUUCCCAAGUAUCGGGACGAUAUGGAGGUCAUCGACGACAACGGCGAGGAGGAAGACCAGGGCGACGACGACGAGGACAGUGAUAAUGCUAGCAGUACUGCCAUUUGAAGGAGAAUUUAGACAUGCUCUCUGUUGUUUUAGUACUUUGUAGCCUUAGUAAACCACUAUUUAUUAAUAAAGUAUACAUAUUUAUUGACGGA